GUCUUGUCCUUCCUGUCUCUUGAGAGAAAGCCAAUCAGAGAGCAAACGAAAUCAAAGUGCGAACUCCAAGCAAAUCCCCUCCCACCCCAUCUUCUUUGGGCGGAGUAGAAGAGCGGAGCAGGUGGCGCCAACAGGUUCGUUUUCUGGUCCCUUUAUUAAUGAAUCAUUUCCCUCGAGUUUUGUAUGUUCUACUUUUGGUACUGUCAAUUCCUCCUUCUGGUUGUAAUUUGUGAAUUAGGGUUUGAAAUCGGGGAGUUUGGAAUGUAAUACAGGGGAAAAUAAACUUUGAUAGCAGUUCCUUAAGACGUUAGUGUGAAGGUAUGAGAACCAGUAAAACAGAAGUAAACUUAAGGAGGUUGCUUGCAGCUGCUCCUCAGCAGAAAAACCAGGCAAAACUUGUGCAUUAUGUUGCUACUUUACGUGAACAAUUGGAACAAUUGGCUGAAGAGAGGACACCUGAGGGCUUACCUAGGAUUUCAAAGGCUACGUUGAAUGAAUACUCAGAGAAGGUUGAAGCCAUUGCUUCCAAAUUGAUUAACCACGAGACUGACCCACAAGUAUCCGAGAAGGAUGUUGAAAGGAGUUUUGUUAAAGAAAACUCUUCUGAAAUUGAGGAGAAAAAGCAGAUACCACUUUCUUCUGGGUUGAGAAGAAGACCUGUACCCACAUCAAAUACAGAAGAUAAAGCACACGAGCUUGCUGAGACUGACAAUACACCUGUCAAACUGGAUGCUAGUGCACACGCACACAUUGAAAAGCACAGAAUGCUUCAAGAAGAUUUGACUGAUGAGAUGGUGGUGUUGGCAAAACAACUCAAAGAGAGUAGUCUCAUGAUGAGCCAGUCCCUGCAAAAUACUGAAAAGAUUCUUGAUUCUACGGAGAAGGCUAUUGAGGAUAGCUUGGCAAGCACUGGUCGUACCAAUGUGCGAGCAACGGCAAUAUACUCCGAGAGUUCCAAGACUUCUUGCUUAACAUGGCUUGUGAUGUUUGUGAUGACAGUUGUAUUUGUCAUGGUUAUUCUUCUAAUCCGUGUAACAUAGUCUACUUCUGUUUCCCUAGGUAAUACAAUUAACUUCCAAUAUAACUUUUACUAUAAUGUAAAUUUUUAUUUUCCGGACACACAUAGUUAAUUUUGAAAAGGUUGACAGAAGCAAA